ACAAAGUUUUCAAAAAAUAUUCUCAACUCCCAAGCCUAUCAGUGUCAGUGCUGCUACAGAUGAAGUGAUAAUUGCAGAACUGAGGGGGAGGGGAGGUCACCGAUUCACAACUUAUAUCUUGGAGUUUGGCUGUCUCCCUACUACAUGUACUGACAGCUGACUUCACCAUCAGCCAGUGUGCAGGGAGCAGGAAGAAGUCGGUGGGUUUUCUCUUUAUCAAUCUGAGAGGUAGAGACUGUAAGGGAAGGCGUUGUAUCAGGAGUCCAGGGUCCUCUAGUUCAGAAGACAAAGACCAGUCCCUGACAACACAAGGCAUGGCCACUAGAUAUUUGGCCAUAGGAAUGACCUUUUCCCUACAGACUAUUGGAAUCCUGGGGAAUUUCUCUCUGCUUUCCCAUAAUUUCUUCAUUUACUUCACUGGGUACAGGCUGAGGCCCAUACAUUUGAUUGUCAACAACCUGCUUGUGGCCAAUGCCUUGGUUCUGAUCUCUAAUGGAAUUCAUGUUACAAUGAUAUAUUUUGGGUGGUACCACCAUCUCAGUGAUUUUGGAUGUAGAUUUUUCCCCUAUUUACGUGGCAUUGGCAGGGGUGUGUCCAUUGGCACCACCUGCCUCCUGAGUGUCUUCCAGGCCAUCACCAUCAGCCCCACAAACUCCAGGUUGGCAGGGUUUAAACAAAAAGCUCCCAAGUACAUUGUCCCUUUAAUUUUAUUGUGGUGGGUCCUGCAGAUGCUGGUAAAUGUAGUUAUUCCUUUAUUUAUGUCGGGCAAUUUGAGCAACAAAAACAUAACAAAGAGGAAAAAUUGGGGAUUCUGUUCCACUCUUUAUACUGAUGAAACCACAGACUCAUUAUUUGCAGCAUUGUUAGCAUCCCCUGAUGUUGUAUGUUUUGUACUCAUGCUCUGGGCCAGUGGCUCCAUGGUCUUCAUCCUGUACAGACACAAGCAGAGGGUCCGACACAUUCAUGUAACUCCUAUCUCCUCCCAAUCCUCCCCCGAGUACAGAGCUACCAAAAACAUCUUUCUCCUGGUGAGCACCUUUGUCUUUUUUAACACACUUUCCUCCAUUUUUCUUAUUGCUGUGAUUGUUUUUAGUAAUACCAGCUUGUUUCUCCCUGGUAUCAAUGCAUUAAUUGUUAUGUGUUUCCCAACUUUCAUUCCCUUCUUGAUGAUGACCCAGGAUUCCACUGUCUCCAAGUUCAGCUUUGCCUGGAUAAGGAAUGUAAAAUCUCCUAAUCUUAUGAGAAAUAUGUAAAGUGUAUGUAUUUUAAUUUAAUGUACCUUAAAUCAUUAGUCCAUUAAAUUGUAUGUAAGUUUGGUGUAUCACACUAAAUUCUGCAGAAAUGAGCAAGACAUGGAAGCCUAAGAAAACUUAAAUGAAUGAGGAUCACCCUUGGCUGGUCCCUGCUGAAGAUGAAGACAGCAGUGCUGGAAGGAAAUUCAGUCCAUGAGGAAAGCUUGUGGCAGCCUGUUAUGAUCUUGUGCAUGACACCCUGGAGAGGCAGUGGUCUGUUUAUUUCAAAUAAUGCUAUUCUGAAGGUAGAUGAGCAUAUUUGACACAUUUUCAAGUAGAAAUGGCCAGAUUUAACUGGAGUGGGGCAUAGGGGAACAUAAAGUUACAUUUUAGCUCAUUUGAGCUACAUCAUGGGAGUGUGACAAUUUUGAAAAGACGUGAAUUGCACUGAAUUGGGACUUAUAGGAGGCAGAUAUUUCCCUUUUGUGAAAAGGAUUUGGCAUGUUGGUAAAAAGGUCUGGAGGCGCACACUCUUGUCUCUAAAGUGAUGACAUUAAUUCAUGGUAGGAACUUCCAUUAAAUCUGUGGCAGUGCAAUGAGGGGCAUUUGAAAGGCAGACAGAAAUGCCUUCUGUGUAUUGGAGUUUGUGUUCCAUUGUUCUGCAAAGAGCCAAGUGGGUAUUUCCUUAAUUUUAGAUGUUUUGUAUAGUUUUCUCUGCAUUUACUUUCAAAGCUGAUACAAAGUAUUGAUAAUCCAACAAUUUGAAAAAGGAAUUAUUUUGACCUAAUAUAUUGAACCUUGUACCACAAUAAAAAUCCAUAUUUUCAGCUGAUGGGAGACCCUUCAAUAUUUACUCUAAGUUACAUCACAAUGGAAUAAGAGGAAAAAAGAUGUAUAGAAACAUACAUACGUACAAUUGUAUGUGCCCAUAUUUAUGUUUGUGUGGUCAGUGUAUACAUAUGUGUGUAUGUGUCUGCCUAUGGUCUGUGUGUGGGUAUAUCUGCAUUUGGACUGUAUGUAUGUC